AUUUAUGAACACUGUUAAUUUGAAGGAUGGCCUCCCACCUCUGAAAAGCAUGAAAAAUGGUAUUAAGUUAUCAGAUGGGGUAUAUAUUACCCAGCUCAUUGAUAGAGCAGAUAAAUCAGUGUCCUUAAGUUAUAAAAAGAAGAUUGAUGAUGCAAUGUUUGCAGAAGUCUCUAAGAUUCCAAUCUUUACUGAAUUUAAGCAAGAUAUUGAGAAUUUAGAAAAAUCUAAUAAAUUCAGGGCAAAAUAUAUUAAGAGCAGAAGCCAGGCACUUAUUGAGAAUGAGAUGAAAUCUGUGAUAAAGCCAAAUCCAACUCCUUCCAUUCUCUUCAAAAUAUACUCCAAACUACUAAAUUGUCAAAAUGCAGCAAAGACCAUCUCAGUUAUUCGUAUAAUGCUAAAACUUUAUUUCAAAAAGAAUGGAAUUCAGCCUCCUACCAAUUUAAAAGAUCAACCUAACGAAAUAAAUCCUAUCUCUGAUGAAGAACUAGCUCUUCAAAAUCUAGUUGAGAGCCACUUAUCCCUCCUCAAAACAGUAAGAGAUAAGAUUGAGUUCCUCCUGUUUGGUACAGACCUUGAACCAAUGAUGAAGCGCGGCAAGCGCAAUAGUCAAGGCUAUAUGACUGUACGAACUCCUGAUAGUUCUGACAAAAUGUCAUUCAAGGAUUUGAAAACCAGAUUCAAGCAUGCCAUUGGAGAGUUAAACCAUUGGGUUCAAGACGUCAUUGAGCAAGUGAUUAUCAAGAAGAAAGCUUGUGAAGAGCAAAUGGUUGACAUUCAAACUGAGCUCGAUAAGCUUAGAGAGACUCACUACAAGCUUUACACUCAGUUUGAAAAACUCAAAAUUGAAAAAUCUAAUAAGCAUAAAGAACUUUGCAGUAUAAAGCAGGAGCUUUAUGCCAUCAAUGUUAAGCUGAACAAUAAGUUUAAGGAACCUCCUAUGGUUGAGAAAAGUGUGCAGACCAUCGUGAAUUGUAAGAAUGUCCCAUUCACAAUAGUGGCUGAGAAGAUCCUAGAAGCAAAAAUUGCUAGUAAAUUAAAGCCUUUCAUGUCGAUAAUCCACAAGCUUGAGGAGGACAAAGUCGUCGACUCUCCGAUGCCGAAGGAUAAAGUAUCAGAUUUCAUGCAUUCUGCUUAUAUUAAGAAGGCAGAGAGUAUCGCUUCUCAGAACAACUCUAUGCUGAACUUUGAAGAUAUCCUGUAUAGCAUUUUUGAACAAAGAUUUCUAUUCAAGAAGAAAAUUAAAAUAAAGUGCCAGCAAUUUUUGCUAGGCCUCCGUGAGUAUGCUCUUACUGAUGAAAGAAUGGACGAAUUUAAGAAAUUUAUUGGGUUCGAUAACCCAAAUAAGUAUCCAUCAGAGAUCCUUGAGCUGUACAUCAAGUCCAUGAAGUGUACCGAAGAGAGCUUCUCCGUGAUCCUCUCUGAAGAGUCUGAGCAUCUCUCCCUAGCUAUUGAAAAGGCUUAUAGGAACAUUUUGGAGGGUGUCUUCAGCAACGCUUCUACUCUUAUGAAGCAAGAAAUCUUGAUCUCCAUGAUCUAUGAGUCUAACUUCUACUGUGAUGGCAAGGUUCAGGUUGUCAACAAGGAAUACCAGAGAAUCAGAAAGUUCAUCCUGAACAAAGCAAGGAACGAUGAUGACAAAGCUGAGUUUACUAGUAAUAUUGAAGCCUUACUCCCUGAAAUUAUUAAGGAAGACCUCAUUGAAGGGACACUACAGAACUACUCUUAUAAGGACACCAAGAACUUCUUGAGGCAGACUCAUGAACUAAGGAUUCCUAUUCGAAAAUUCUUGUCAAUAGGGCUACGUACAGCUAUUAGGUUCUAUGAGACUGCUAAAUCAUUCUAUUCAAAGCUGUUUAAGUCAGCUGAUGCUAAUGGUGAUGGCUACAUUGACUACUACGAGUUCACAGAUUUGAUAAAGAAGAUCGACCCUGAUAAGCCAAGGUGGAAAAUUAUUGCUAUCUUUGAAAUGACUGCUGGAGGAUCUGAUGGGACUAAUAUCCUUACAGAAGAUGUUAAAAUCAACUUUAACCAAUUCCUUCAAUGAGCUCUAUCACAUUCACUGAUGGAUAAACUUAUGGAAAACCAAAGUAUGGGUAGAAAGAGGACAAUUGGUAAUGAACUUUUUGAGGAAAUUGAACAAACUAUGAGUGACAAAGCUUCACCAUAACUCAGCAAUAAAAAUUAAACUCAAUACUAAGUAAGCAUGAA